AUGCAAAUCAAUUUCUUAAAUCUAUCUAUCUAUCUAUCUAUCUAUCUAUCUAUCUAUCUAUCUAUCUCCGUCUGCUCAUUAUCUGUCUACAUAUCUAUGAAAAGACGAAUAGGUUACCCCAGCACUCUCUACGCCGAUCCUCUCUCUUCCAAAACGCCGACGCGCUUCUUUACAAAGGGCGAACAUCCGGGGAUCGACUGGACCUCGAAUACCGCUGUUCCAUCUGUCUGCCUCCGAGCUGCCGCCUUGAACACUAACAACGAUCCUUCAACUGCACUCCCUGAUUUCACGAUCGAACUAUACCAAACAAUUCCUGUACAAAUCUUUAUCCCUCCAUCGCACGAGUCAUAUAUCGUUCUGAGACGAUUUAACAACAAGAUAAUCAAAUACUCUCUCUCUCUCUCUCUCUCUCUCUCACUCUCUCUGUCUAGAAUCCAGUGUAUUAGUUUUUUUUUUUUACUUUUCUUUUCUGCUCGGCCAAAAAUUCCCCGUAGACCCCGUUUUAUACGGGUAGCUGUUUCCCGAGAUGAGUCUCUGCCCUUCGACAUAGCCACGUCUGGGGAUCCUCUCUGUCCGGAAGCAGAGAGUUUGACCAGCACAACCGGAGACGAAUCUCCAACUGCAGAAUAUUUAUUGUACAAAAAGUACAAAUAUGGCACAAAGCCGAAAAGGGGAAAGGGGGAAAAGGAUGGUCAUCUUCUGUCUUAA